AUGGGAGAGUUAAAUCGAACAGCAGUGUCAGAAUUCAUCAUCUUGGGUUUCCCUAGCCUGAAGAAGGUCUACCCUUUUAUGUUCCUGCUUUUCCUACUCAUCUAUAUCUUCACUAUUACCGGGAACAUCAUCAUUUUUAUAACUGUACUUACAAACUACAAACUGCAAAUCCCUAUGUUUUAUCUACUAAAUCAUCUCUCGGGUAUGGAAAUUGUGUAUACUUCAGUCAUUGUCCCCAAAAUGCUGUCCAACUUUGUGGCCAAUAGUGGGCGUAUUUCAUUUAACAACUGUAUGAUUCAGCUGUAUCUCUUCAGUGCCCUAGGGGCAUCUGAGUGUUAUUUACUUACUACCAUGGCAUAUGACAGAUAUCUAGCUAUUUGCAAACCUCUGCAUUAUUCUUCCAAAAUGACCAAUACAACGUCACUCCAAAUGGCCUCUGGGUCUUGGAUUGGUGGGUUCAUUUCUCCAAUCCUUCCUGUUGCAUUAAUAUCAAAGCUUGAUUUUUGUGGUCCUAAUCAAGUGAACUAUUUUUACUGUGAUGCUCAACCUCUUCUCAAACUUGCUUGCAGCAGUACCCAAUUAACAGAGACAGCAAUUUCUAUAUUGGCUAGUGGCCUUAUAUUUAGCUCCUUCCUCCUUACUGUUCUCUCCUAUAUAUUCAUUAUCUCCACUAUUAUCCGUAUCCCCUCAGCCACUCGGAGGAAAAAGGCUUUCUCUACCUGUGCCUCUCACCUAAUUGUCGUCAUGAUUUACUAUGGCACCAUAACUGCCAUGUACAUGCAGCCCAUGUCUAAAUUCUCUUUAGAUAUCAACAAAGUGUUAUCUUUACUAUAUACAGUUGUAACUCCUAUGCUCAACCCUAUUAUAUACAGUUUAAGAAAUAAGGAAAUGAAGGAUUCUCUGAGCAAGGCUUUCAAAAGAAUAAAAAAAGGAAAUGAUGAAGAAUAA